CGCACAAUCGCACACACGCCGCCACACCGCAACCGUUCAGAAUGCGAGCACUAUUUGCGACGUUGGCUGUCCUGGCAUUUUUCAAUGCUGCAGAAUCGGACAGCAAAGCCCGUAUCGUGUGCUACUUUAGCAACUGGGCGGUGUACCGGCCGGGUGUGGGACGCUACGGUAUCGAAGACAUUCCUGUGGACUUGUGCACGCACAUCAUUUACUCCUUCGUCGGCGUUACCGAGAAGAGCUAUGAGGUCCUAGUCAUAGAUCCCGAGCUGGACGUAGACAAGAACGGCUUCCGAAACUUUACCUCACUGCGGUCGAAGCAUCCCAAUGUUAAGUUCAUGGUGGCUGUGGGAGGUUGGGCGGAGGGCGGAUCCAAGUACUCGCACAUGGUCGGCCAAUUGAGCUACAGAAUGUCUUUUGUCAGGAGCGUUGUUGAUUUCUUGAAGAAAUACGACUUCGAUGGUUUGGAUUUGGAUUGGGAAUAUCCUGGUGCUGCGGAUCGUGGUGGCUCCUUCUCCGACAAGGAUCGAUUCUUGUACCUCGUUCAGGAAUUGAAGAGAGCAUUCAUCAGAGCCGGCAAAGGCUGGGAGCUGACUGCCGCCGUGCCUUUGGCCAAUUUCCGGCUCAUGGAAGGGUACCACGUGCCUGAACUGUGCCAGGAAUUGGACGCGAUACACGUAAUGUCGUACGAUCUGCGUGGUAACUGGGCAGGUUUCGCCGAUGUUCACUCUCCUUUGUACAAGAGACCACAUGACCAGUGGGCGUACGAGAAACUUAAUGUGAACGAUGGUCUUGAAUUAUGGGAGCAGAAAGGUUGCCCAACAAAUAAAUUGGUGGUUGGUAUUCCGUUCUAUGGGCGGUCAUUCACGCUUUCGUCUGGCAACACUAACUAUAAUCUCGGAACCUACAUCAACAAGGAGGCUGGUGGCGGCGACCCGGCUCCCUACACCAAUGCUACUGGUUUCUGGGCCUAUUAUGAGAUCUGCACCGAAGUAGACAAGGAAAAUUCAGAAUGGACUAAGAAAUGGGACGACCAUGGCAAAUGUCCUUAUGCAUACAAAGGCACUCAGUGGGUUGGAUACGAAGAUCCCAAAAGUGUCGAAAUCAAGAUGAACUGGAUCAAAGAGAAGGGGUAUUUAGGAGCAAUGACUUGGGCCAUAGACAUGGACGAUUUCAGAGGUCUCUGUGGGGAAGAAAAUCCGUUGAUCAAGUUGCUUCAUAAGCACAUGAGCUCAUAUACGGUUCCGCCAGCACGUACAGACCACGCAACUCCAACUCCUGAGUGGGCACGUCCACCGUCCACACCGGUGAACCCCUUAGAAGGUGAGCCAGUGACAACAACGACCACCACGCAACCAACCACCGCGCAAACGACCACCACGCAAUCAACCACCAUGCAACCGACGAUAAAUACACCAUCUGCGGCUAUCACCACAAUUGAAGCGGAGAAAGAAUCUGAAACAGAAAUAUUAGAACCACCCACCCCAGAAAAGCCUGAACCUGUAAAACCGUCAUCGGAGAACGAAAUCGAGAACCACGACGUGUGCAAAUCCAAUGAAGACUACGUACCUGACAGGAAAAAUUGCGUCAAGUACUGGAGAUGCGUCAAUGGUGAAGGCGUGCAGUUCACGUGCCAGCAUGGGCUAGUAUUUAACUCUAAACUUAAUGUGUGCGAUUGGCGCGACAACGUAGACCGCCCCGAGUGCGACGAUUAGCCUCAGUCUGAACUUAACGUUUGCCCUACACUGCCGAUAGUAAUCAUUCAAAUAAUUGUAGAACAGCGCUAGAUAAAACAAAUAAGACUUUGAUAAUAACACAUAUAUUUAAUAACAUAUUAUAAUAUUGCUGUAUUUCGCAACAAAUUUCUUCAUAUGAAAGGUCAGUCGCCUGCAAUUAAAUAUUGUAUAUAAUUAGUAUUCCAGUAAAUAUUAAUUAAAACCAUAUGUUAUUCCACAUAAACAUACUCCACGUUGGCUGUUGUUUAACGGGUAAAUUGAUAACACUGUAACAAACAUUUACUAGGAACAUUUGGUUGUGAUUUCACU